AUGCGUUUCUCCUACAUUGCCACUGCUCUCUUCGCCGCCGGCGCUGCCAACGCCCAGGUUGACAGCAUCAUCGCCUCCCUCACCUCUGCCGCCGGCAGCCUUCCCUCCAACGUCGCCUCCGACGUUGAGAGCCUUGCCAGCCGUGUCACCUCGGGCGCUGCUGGUCUUCCCUCUGACGCUGCCUCGGCCGCCUCCAGCAUCGGUUCCCAAAUCACCUCUGGCGCUGCUGGCCUUCCCUCUGAUGUCGCCUCCCGCUUCUCCAGCAUCGCCUCAAGCGCCAACGCUGCUGCCUCAUCUAUCCGCUCCGAGGCUGGCUCUGCUUUCAGCUCGGCCACAGAAUCUCUCGGCUCGGCAGCUUCCUCUGCCACCUCAUCUGCUGGUUCCCAGGAGACUGGUGCUGCCAACCAGAACGCUCUCCCCGCCAUGGGUGCCGCUGCCGCUGGUAUCUUCGCUCUUGCCGGCCUCCUAUAAGUGCUACUAGAUGGAUUCUAGCAAUUCUUUUUGUCGAUAAAUCAUCUUCAUCAGCAUCAUAGUUCCCUCCGAUAGUUUCUUGCAUCGGCUAGCGAUGCGCGGCCAAGAGCUGGCGUCGCUUUGUCUCAAACAAACGAGACAUUAGGGAUAAGAAUGGAUUCAUGGCGAAACUGGGGUAUAUCCAGACGUUCUAUAUUGUAAUAUUAAGUCAUUUCAAUGGAGAUAUUCAAAGCUCAUUUCUCUUGCUUGGUGAUGCAG